AUGGGGAGCAGGACGGCCAUCCCCAGGGACCCCCAGCUCCCCGGGCUGCUGCACAGCAGGGGCAGAGCUGUCACUGCUGGGCGCUUCCUGCACAUCUUCACCGUGAAGGAUGCUGGGGCCUGGGCCCAGGGACUCUGUGGAGACACCAAGACACCAGAGGCUGCUGCUGCACCAGUCCUGCUCAUCGUGAGACUCAGCAGUGUGUCUGUGCAGCACCUUAACCACAUGAGAUGGCCUGACCUUCUGAAGGAGCUGGAGGCAUGCUGGAGGGCCAAAAUUCUCUACAAGGACUGUACAAGGUUCUCCAGGCAGCUGCGGAGGGGCCGUGGGGAGGUGGGUUCCCUGCCGGCCCCGGCCCCCCGCCGCCCCCGCCGCCCCGGCGCCCGGCCGCCGCCGUACCCCAACGGCUGGUAUCGAGUCCUCGACUCCGCGCAGCUGCCCCCCGGGACCGUCCGCAGCCUCGCCCUGCUCGGAGAGCAGCUCGCUGCGUUCCGCACCCAGGACGGCCAGGCCCAUGUGGUGGACGCUUACUGCCCUCACCUCGGUGCCAACCUCGCUGCCGGCGGGCACGUCGUGGGCGACUGCAUCGAGUGCCCCUUUCACGGCUGGCAGUUUCGAGGAGAAGAUGGAAAAUGCACCAGCAUCCCAUAUGCUGAAAAAGUGCCAGAUUUCGCCAAGGUCCGGACGUGGCCAUGCUGCGAGGUGAACGGGAUGCUGCUGCUCUGGUACCACUGCGACGGGACUGGCCCGACGUGGGCUGUGCCUGAGCAGCCGCAGAUCGCCGCCAAGGAGUGGGUGUUUCGGGGACAGACAGAGCACUUUGUGGACGCCCACAUCCAGGAAAUCCCUGAGAAUGCGGCUGACACAGCUCACCUGGUCUUUCUCCAUGGACCAUCUUUUCUGAGUGGAUCCGAUCUGAGAUACACCAAGUCCAAGGUGUGGGAUUUUAUGAAGCACGUCUGGAAGGCCGAGUGGCAACCGGAGCCAGAGCCCAACCAGCAUUGCUCCCGCAUGCUGCUCCAACACACCGCAACCGUGUUUGGGAAGCACUUCCCCUUGCUGGACUUGUCGGUUUCAGCCAGACAGGUGGGGCCAGGGCUGGUUUUCCUCAUCUUUGAGCACGCUUUCCUGGGCCAUGGGGUCAUCCUGCAGACUGUGACACCACUGGAGCCUCUCCUGCAGAAUGUGGUCCACAAAAUCUACUACCAGAAGAAUGUGCCGGCCAUAGUCCCCAAGUUCAUCCUGAGAGCAGAGUGCAUACAGUUUGAGCGAGACAUAACCAUCUGGAAUAACAAACAGUACCUGCCUAAGCCGCUGCUGGUCAGAGAGGACGCGAGCAUCCAGAAGCACAGGCGCUGGUUCGCGCAGUUCUACAGCAAGAAGAGCACGAGGCCCUCGGCGCCAAAGGAGGGCCUGGACUGGUGA